AGUGAGUAGAGUGUUCAUAUCUGUCAAGUCGUUUCAUUUGUCUUCCUCCAAAGCGAUUCAGUGCGUGUAUAUCCUACUCGAUCUUGGCACUACGGUUCGGUUGAAGCCUUGGUUUCAUCUAUUGAUACUGUACAUGUUUCAUAAAUCCUCAUUACUGUAAAGGGCACGCAGAAACAUCUCUUGAAGGCUACUCCAACCUGUACGUUGUCCGGACCCUGUUCACAGGGUCUAAAAGAAGACUCAGCAAUAGCAGGUAGUGCGGUCAAGACUCUCAAUACAAUGAGGCUUCUGACUACUGCACUUGUCGCCUCCCUCAUGGCGUGCGCCGCGAGCCUUCCCGUGCCUCGCCAGGAGCAGCUGGUGACACGGGUGGAGCCUCAGGGACCAGUACCAUCCUUGGAGACCACCGCUGUCAGGGGCUUACCACCCAAAGUUAAACAAGUCUUCGUCAAGCAACUGGAGGCGGACAUGGAGCGCGCCGCCCGGGUGGGAGCAGAAGCGCAGGCUAUCCGACUGGAGCAGAAGUUUGAGGACGAGAUCCUUACGAGGACGGUGAAGAAGCUGUCGUCUCACCGCGGAGACAGGGCGAAACAGACGGAGGACCUACGAGAGCUGCAGGACAUGAUGCGCCGAGAUAAGAGAGCCGUCGAGGUCCUGAGUAGCUUGCUGAGCAGCAGCAGUGGGGGAGACAAUGGUAGUGGAGACGGUGAGGACGGCGGUGGCGGUUCCAACGUCCUCGGACUGGUCUCCGGACUCCUGGGAUCUUCGAGUGGCGGCGGCAGCGGCGGGGACGACACGAGCGGGAGUGGAGGAGGGGGUGGCGGUUCCAAUGUGGUUAGUCUCAUCGGAUCGCUAGUAGGUGGCAGCAGCAAUGGGGGUGGCGGAGACGGCGAAGGGGGCGGAGGCUCGAACAUUCUUAGUCUGCUUGGACCGCUGUCAGGAAGCCUCAGUGGGGGAAUCAGUGGCGGUGGAGGUGACAGUCAAGAUGGCGGCGGUGGAUCCAACAUCCUUAGCCUCGUAUCCGGAUUGCUUGGGAGCAGCAGUGGGAGCAGCAGCGGCGGUGACAGUCAAGAUGGCGGCGGUGGUGGUGGAUCCAACGUCCUUAGCCUGGUAUCCGGAUUGCUUGGGAGCAGCAGUGGGGGUGCAGGUAACGCUGCUGGUGGCGGGGGAGGUGGAACGGGAGGCAGCAAGGAUCCUCUGCAAGGUGGAACGUAUGACGAUCUCAUUGGAAAAGGCCCAUUCAGCUCCGUCACCAACGGUUUGUCCAGGCUACUAAUGUUCAAAUUCACCAUAUUCAGAACUGUAUUCUCACUUUUAACUUCAAUUCUCACGUCAUCUUCGUCAACUGGCUCCUAACAUCCGGACGAAACUUAACACCGCACCUCAAGAAGUAUUCCGAAUUAGCUGCCAUUAAGCGGAGUUUUUUUCAAGAAUGUUGGAGCUAAACACCAGUACUUGACGGAAGGAUUUGAAACACCGCAGGAUAGAUUAUCUGAAUUACAACUCUGUAGUGGAUUCGAGAAGUGGUUACAAUUGCUAUGGCAAUGACAAGCUAAACUGUAGCUUUAAAGUAGUGUCUGUGAGUAAUAAAUAUUUGUACUUCAAAGUAAACGUAUAAAAUAAGAGGUUUUAAAAUACUUAAUUCAAAAUAUUAAUAUUACAAUUUCUUAAUUAUACGACUGUCACUUUCAAAUAUAGUUAAUUUAUACAAAAAUACACUAAACAUAAAUUCCAGAAUAUAACAUACAAAAAAUAUGUUAGUUCAUGUAAAUACACGCUAAAUAUAAAAGUAAUGGAAAUGCA